GACCUCAAUUGUCAUUAGCAUGUGGCAAGCCAAGGAAGACUCAAAAGUGCAAGGGGCAGGCUCAGCCCCCUUGAAGAGGGAGUGUGGAUGCACAGGGGACGCUCUGAAAUCACCAUCAGAUUAGAAGUUGAGCCUAAACCUCUUUGGGGCCAAGGAGGCAGCGUAGAAUAGAGUAGGGAGUGGUGUGGUAUUUAAGAGCAAGAGGAAUGAGCAGAGAGCUCUGGGGCUCAGCCCACACACUUCCCCUGGCUCUGGGACAGUUGGAUUCUUAGAGUCGGCAGGGCAACGGAUGCCUGGCGCAGUGGGGGAGGGGUGUUUUUUCAUACUGACCAGGGCUAAGGAAGGAGUGAGAGUUGAUUUUUUUAUCCUUUUGUCCCGAGCCUCGUUCGAGACUGGGGCUCUGCUAUGUGGUAGAGCCUUCUUUGGGGGCAAGAGAAGGCUAAGAAUGAAGCCUAGAGUGGUCCCAGAAGCGCUAGAGCUGUUGCUGUCCUAGGAAGAUCACAGAAUCAGACCGUGGCAAGGGCCAGAAGUUGGAUCUGUAGAGGGUGGACAGAAGGAGGCAGAAAGUCACCGAAGGACCUGAGAUCCUUUGCAGGCAGCCCACAGAGGUAUGGGGUCAAGGGCAUGCCAUUGAGCCAAAGGUGAAGCCCUCAAAGACAGAGGCCCAACUAUCAUCAGCUGCUUCACGUGGGCCAUGUCUGUGGCUACAGCUCCAGUUACAUCCCCUGGCCCCUCUCCCAGGUAGUUACAUAGCCAUGGGUGAGACUAGAAAAAAAUAUCUAUUCACAGGGCCCCAAAUGAGGGUCUGGGGCCUUGGCCUGAGUUCCUCCAUCGUUGGCCUGGAGUUCAUCUUUCUGUGGCUGUGCAUGCUUCUUCCAAGCACAUCCUGUGCCCAGGGGUCUUAUACUUAUUAUGAAAUAAUCAUCCCCAGGAAAUUAGAAACAUUCAAAAGCAGAGAAGAAUCAAUAGAAAAACUGUCUUACAUACUGUUAAUGAGAGGUAAAAGGCAAGUGAUUCAGCUAAGGUUGAAAAGAGGAUUGUUCAUGAAGGACUUCCCUGUCUACACCUACACCAAAGAAGCCUUAGACCUGGACAUGCCUUUUAUCCAGGAUGACUGCUAUUACGAUGGAUAUGUGGAAGGUGAGCUGCGGUCCCUGGUUUCCGUCAGCACCUGCUCAGGCCUCAAAGGCAUGAUAACUAUAGAUAAAUCAGUCUUUGGCAUUGAACCCAUUGGUACCUCGAAGAAUUUUGAACAUGCCUUGUACCACAUGGAUGGGCAUAUAAGAGGCUCCUGUAAGGUCAAAGAAGAAGAUACCCCAAAGUCCACACCGAAUCUGCAUCCAAGAGGGGAUGAGAAUUAUGGCUAUGAAGAAGCCGAGCCUGUCAGAUUUCUCAGCUACAUCUGGUCCCACACCAAGUACGUGGAGAUGUUUGUCGUGGUUGACAAUAGGCGGUUCCAAAUGUGGAAUGGCAACGUGACCAAGACAGUGCGGACGGUGAUGGAUGCCCUUGCCCACGUUAACACCUACAGCCAGGGAAUCCACGUCAAGGUGGUCCUGAUAGGUUUGGAGAUCUGGACAGAGAGGGACCAGGUGGGGAUUUCUGGGGACCUGCGGGAAGUGCUGCACAACUUCAACCGGUGGAGAGAAGAGGAGCUGGUCGGUCGGGCAAGGCAUGAUGUUGCCCAUCUCAUAGUAGGAUACGAUCCAGGAGAAUACCUGGGGGAAGCGUUUCUCAGUGGGGCCUGUGUGUCUGAGCUUUCAGCAGGAGUCGAAUCUUUCUAUCAUGAAGAUGCUACUGUCUUUGCAGUGCUCAUGGUGCAUGAGCUGGGCCAUAACCUUGGCAUGAAGCACGACCACCUGGCUUGCAUGUGUCCUGACCAGCCCUCCUGCAUCAUGCUUGAAACCUUCAGCUUUGAGAGUCGUUUCAGCAACUGUAGCUUCGACGAUUUCUACGAAUUCCUGCGCCAACACAAAGGGUCCUGCCUGUAUGACAAGCCGGCGCCCAGGGGAAAGGUCAGGAAGCCCUUCUGUGGGGACCACGUGGUAGACAGAGGGGAAGAGUGUGACUGUGGCGGUCCCCGUGACUGUAUGAAGGACCCGUGCUGCCUGCCCUCCUGCCAGAUGAGGCAGGGCUCAGACUGCAGUUUUGGAGCAUGCUGCAGAGAGUGCAAGUUUCUGAAGGCAGGCACGCCCUGUCGUCCCAGCGUGGAUGAGUGUGACCUCCCCGAAUACUGUAUUGGCAGCUCAAUGUGGUGCCAGCCUGACACCUACAAGCAAGAUGGCACCCCAUGCAGUGGCGGAGGUUACUGCUACCAGGGGCGGUGCAGGAGCCUGCAGAGGCAGUGUGUGGAGGUGUUUGGUGAGGGCUCCAGAGCCGCCCGGCAGAGCUGUUACCACCACCUGAACAGCCAGGGGGACAGGUUUGGGAACUGUGGCAGCGGCCAGAAAGGGUCACACGAGGCGUUUGUCAAGUGUGAGCCUGAAGAUGUCAUGUGUGGGAGGCUGCUGUGUGAGGACAUCCCGAGGUUGCCCCAAACGAGGAACCACCACACUUUCAUCCAGAUCCCCCUGGAAGACACGUGGUGCUGGGGGGUGGACCUGUUUGAGGACGUGGAUGUCCCUGACGGAGGGGCCGUGAAGGCGGGCACCUUGUGUGGCCCCCAGAAGAUCUGUCUCAACCGCACGUGCUCUGACGUGCGGGUACUGCGGUAUGACUGUGAGCCGGAGGCCGUGUGUCAUGGCAGAGGGGUCUGCAACAACCUCAAGCAUUGUCACUGUGAUGAUGGCUAUGCCCCUCCCACGUGUGAUUCUAGGGGCUUUGGGGGCAGUGUGGACAGUGGCCCCCCUCUCGAGGUCUAUACUUCCCUGGAGGUCAGAGCCCCAUUCCCUGAUAAAAACAACCCUCCAACUCAGGCCAUCCGCUUAGAUGUGCCUCAUGCUGUUACCCCUCGUGCCAAAUAUGGCAUAUACGAGACAGAGUCUGAAAUACCCCUUCCCAGCUUUGGCCCCACUGUUAAGAUCAUCCAACCGACUACAAAAUCUCCAGAAUGUUUAUCCAAGAAAACUUACAAAAAAAUCCCAGCUGUCAUUGUUCUGCUCUCAGCCUUGAUUAUCAACAUGGUCCUCCUUGUGGGUCUGCUUUCCAUCAUUUUUGUGCUCUUUUUCUACCAAAGCAUCCCUUGGUCAGACGCGAAUGAUAAAGAAUGUGCUGAAAUAUGUGGAGCUCGUGAAAGAAUGAAUCCACCUCCUUCAUAAGAGGACUGAUGCACUCAGCACGCCAUGGGCUGCAUGUGUGCAAUGGCGUGCUGGGACACCUGGCUUCCUGAAAGUAAUGGUGCUUGUGGCUUUAUCAGGGCACUGGGAACGGAACAUCCCAUGGAGGUCGAAGUGGAGUGACUGUCCCAGAAAAACAUGUGCAUGUUUUUUGUUGUUUUCCGUGAGAACAGAGAGGGUUUGAAUAAAAGAAUAAAUUAAAUGGUGUCCUAAGCUGAUG